UUCUCCAUAAGCCUCCAAGCAAAUGUUUCCAAUUCAGUCCGCUCCGAUCCCCACCCACCUCCGCCGCCCAUGGAGAUGGAGCAGAGCGAUGGCGGGGGCGCCGUCAAGCGCGCCAAGCUUUCCCCCGGCGCCGGCGAGGACCGCCUCAGCGCGCUGCCCGACGACGUCCUCGUCCUCAUCCUCCUCCGCCUCCACACCGCCGAGGCCGCCCAGACGGCCGUCCUCUCCCUCCGCUGGCGCCGCGUCUGGGCCCUCCUCCCAGAGUUCCGCGUCGCCUUCGCCGGCCCCAUGCCCUGCAGCGUCGGCCCCGCCAUCGCCGCCCACCAGGCGGACCUCCGCUACCUCCACGUGGGGGUCAUGGACGCCACCCCCGAGUCCGUGGCGGCCUGGCUCCCCGCCGCCGCGCGCCGCCUCUGCGGCCGCUUCGUCUUCCUGAACCUCGCGGGGAGGGACGAAGAUUGGGAGGAGGCGGCCGCGCGACGGAACGUUCUCGAGCUGCCGUGCUUCGAGCGCGCCGCCACGGUCUACCUCGACCUAGGCCUUCUCGGCGCCGCCAUGCCGCUUGCCGGCGUCUUCGCCCGGCUCACCGAGCUGACCCUGGCUCGCGUCCGGUUCCGCGGGCCAUGCGGCCUCGGCGACGCCGUGUCCUCGCCGAGGUGCCCGUGCUUGCUGAGUCUCGCCGUCCACGACGCCCGGGGCCUGGACAAUCUCACCAUCCGUUCUGAGUCUCUCCUUAAAGUGGUGCUUAAGCAACUGAGUGGCCUGCUGCAGCUCACCGUGGUGGCGCCGGCACUCAAGGAGUUCUUUGUGGUGUACUGCUUCCAUAUUGAUCAGAACCAACCGGUUGCCAACAUCUCGGCCUCUCAGCUUGUGUCUCUGAAAUGGUUGGAUGCAUUCGAUGCAAACACCGUCCAGCUUGGCAAGUUGGAACAUCUCCAAUCGCUUGACACAUUCUUUGUAUUCGUGUAUGGUACUAUGGUGACGAUGAAUUCCGCUUUACGUACAAUCGUGCUUGCCUAAGGCUCUUGCGCCACUUUAAGGUCAUCCAAACUCUCUGUCUCAGACUGGCCUAUCUGCAGGACAUUGAUGGAUAUCAAUACUUGAUGGAAGACUUGACAAUGCUCCCUGACAUUAUGAAUCUGCACUUGGUUGUAAUGGCAGAAGGACAUGACUUUGGGGGCAGCUCGUUCAAUGUUCUUAGAUUGUGUACUGGUAUAAGAAGGUUACUGCUGCAAUUACCUGGACAUACUGGCUCGGAGGCGCAAACUGCAUGCUCAACAGGUUGUAUUUGUGAUCAACCAUCAAACUGGAAAACCGAAGAACUCUUGUUGAAUCACCUCGAAGCAGUAGAAAUUCUUGAAUUUAGAGGAUCUGAGCAUGAAGUAUCUUUUGUGAAGCGGCUACUCAACUGGGCUACAGUGCUGAAAAAGAUGACAGUAACAUUUGAUAUUUUUGUCACUGAAAGCAUGGUGAAGGAAUUGAGCCAGAUGUUUCAAGGCUACUCUCGUCCAGAAAUAUGCUUCGAAUUCCACAUGUACUGGGACUUCGUUAAGGUGCUGUAUGCACCCCAAGGAUAAGACAACAUUGGUGGGUUGCAAAAAUGGGUGGAGCCGUGAAUACCAGGAUCUUGUCAGGACCCUUGACAUUCGCAUCAUGAAGAAAGCUGUGUUGUCAAACUAUCGAGGGAACAAGUCCCAUGUUAACUUUGCCAAAUUCUUUGUACUGAAUGUAAAGACAAUGGAGUACUAUUGAAGUACUCCCGUUCCAAAAAACAAGUCAUUUUAGAUUCAAAAUUUGUUCCAAAAAA